UCUCAACCAUCUCACGGCCGCAACAACUGCAUCAAGGGAGCACAGCACAGCCCAUCACAGACGAUGCGCGCCUCCCUCCUCGCUGCUGCCUCGCUGGCCCUCCUCGCCGCGCCGGCGCUCGCCGCCUCGGCGACGGGCGACCGCGUGCUCGUCAUCCUCGACCCCAAGAUUGACAAGGGCGACUACUCCAAGUUCUUUGGCUCGCUGAAGGACCGCGGGUACACCCUCACGUUCAAGAAGCCGACCGACGAGAGCUGGCUCCAGCCCUUCGGCGUGCCCGCGCACGACCACCUCGUGCUCUUCGCGCCCGAGGCUGAGAAGCUGUCCGAGGGCUUCAACCCCCAAAACGUGCUCGCCGCCCAGUCAGAGUUCCUCAACACGCUGCACAUCCUCUCGCCCAGCCUGAGCGAGUUGCAGCGCGACACGCUGCGCGAGUACGACAUUGAGGCUGCGCCCCGCGGCCUUGAGCUCGUCGACGCCUUCUCCCACGUGGCCGGCAGCGAGAUCGACACGGUCGUGCUCGACAGCUCGGCGCUCGUCGGCCCUUCGCCCAUCCUCGGCGAGAGCAAGACUGCCGGCCCAGUCGUGUACGCCAAGGGCACCGGCUUCCGGACCGGCCUCAACCCGUUCCUCGUUGACAUUGCGACCGCCCCCUCGACCUCGUACAUCGCCGACGAGGAGGGCAAGCCCGUUGAGGUCAAGGCCGGCCGCGAGAACCAGCUUGCCGGCUCCAAGGUCAGCGUCGUUGGCGCCAUGCAGAACCGCAACAAUGUGCGCGUGGGCUUUGUCGGCUCGCCCGACCUCCUCUCGGACGCGUGGUGGGGCAAGAAGCUUGAUGGCAAGGAGACUGGCAACCGCGCCUUUGUUGACGACCUCACAAAGUGGAUCUUCCAGGAGACUGGUGUUGUCCGUGUGGUGAACACGACGCACCACCGCCAGGGCGAGACCGAGCCUAGGGACCAGUAUCGCAAGAAGGACACUGUGACCUACAACAUCACUCUUACCCAGCACUCGACGGCCGCCAACGGCUCGUCGCAGUGGGUGCCCUUCUCGACCAAGGACCUCCAGCUCGAGUUCACCAUGCUUGACCCCUUCAUCCGCACGGCGCUGGUUGAGAAGAGCUCGUCGGCAUCCGACACGACCUACUCGACGAGCUUUGUCGCUCCUGACCGCCACGGUGUUUUCAAGUUCGUCGUGUCGCACUGGCGUCCUGGAUGGACCUCGAUCACUACCGAGGACAAGGCUUCGGUUGUGCCUCUGAGGCAUGACGAGCACCCCCGGUGGAUUACGGGUGCCUACCCGUUCUACACGGGAGCCCUGUCCACAUCAGCAGCAUUCCUUCUGUUUGUCGCGCUCUGGGCCUCGCUUGCCGAGGGUGACAAGAAGAAGAAAAAGGCAGAGUAGUGCCGUUAUAGAGUGGGGGUGUGGGGGUGAUCCGGUCAAUCUGGUCCCGCGCACCUCGACAUGCAUCGAGAUUAGCAGCUAGCA